AUGGCCGAGGAACUAGUGCCCGAGGUGUUAGUCGCAUGGCCUACUAGAGAUUAUAUCAGAAGGCCGAUCACUGGAGUAUUCGAGUUCUCGCAGUCAUCAUGGCCCUUCUCAUCACGCUGUGUAGGUGAGCUUGUGGGAAUCUUCCUUCCGGUGAUGAUUGCUAUUCUUCCACUACCACCGCAGAUCACGCAAUAUUUUCCUCAUCAGCUCGUGUCGGUACUACAAUGGUUCGCAUUCUGGGCAUUCUCUGCGCUUCUCAUCAUUCCCUGGCUAUUUUGUGUCAAUAGAUUCGUGAUUCACUCCUUAGGGCGAACCAAAAGGGUGAAGGAGGCUUUGGAUGACCGCACCGCACCGAAAACUGUCAUCGUCAUGCCAGUAUACAAAGAAGACCCCGUCGUUCUGAUCAAGGCAAUUGACUCAGUCGUUAACAGUGACUAUCCUAGUUAUUGCAUCCAUGUCUUUCUGUCCUAUGAUGGAUGCAACAUCGACGAACCUUAUCUCCAAGUGAUCAAUCACCUUGGAAUUCCAAUUUCGCUGGAGAGUUACCCGCAAAGCAUUGAUGUGACAUACCAAGGAGCAAGAAUCACUGUGUCAAGAUUCAAGCACGGUGGCAAACGCCAUUGCCAGAAACAGACCUUCAGGCUGAUUGACAAGGUUUAUGCCGACUAUCUAAAGCAUCAUGACGAUCUAUUUCUGUUGUUCAUCGAUUCAGACUGCAUUCUUGACAAACUAUGUCUGCAGAACUUCAUGUACGACAUGGAAUUGAAACCAGGGAGUCAGCAUAAUAUGUUAGCGAUGACAGGCAUCAUCACUUCGACCACAGAGAGAAAUUCCCUGAUAACUGUUCUGCAGGACAUGGAAUACAUUCAUGGGCAGCUUGUUGAACGUACUGUGGAGUCUGGUUGCGGCGCUGUAACCUGCCUACCGGGAGCACUGACAAUCCUACGAUUCUCAGCUUUCCGCAAGAUGGCGAGAUACUACUUCGCAGACAAAGCUGAGCAAUGUGAGGAUCUCUUCGACUAUGGCAAGUGUCACUUGGGAGAAGAUCGCUGGUUAACGCACUUAUUUAUGAUCGGGGCGAUUGAACGCUAUCAGAUUCAGAUGUGCACAAGUGCUUUCUGCAAGACAGAGGCGGUACAGACAUUCUGUAGCCUGCUUAAACAACGACGCCGAUGGUUUCUCGGCUACAUAACCAACGAAGUGUGUAUGCUGACUGAUGUCAGAUUGUGGAAACGCUACCCACUAUUGUGUCUGGUGCGCUUCAUGCAGAACACAAUCCGGACGACUGCAUUGCUAUUCUUCAUUCUGGCGAUCUCGAUCAUCACAACUUCCAGCAAGAUCAAGAACCUGCCUGUUGGCUUCAUUGCAGUUUCGCUCGGUCUCAAUUACAUCCUCAUGGUUUAUUUUGGGAUAAGACUCAAACGAUUCAAAGCCUGGCUCUAUCCCCUGAUGUUCAUCCUGAAUCCUUUCUUCAAUUGGCUUUACAUAGUGUACGGGAUUUUUACUGCAGGCCAGCGAACUUGGGGCGGGCCUCGAGCUGACGCAGCCAAAGCUGAUGAGCAUACUACACCAGAGGAAGCGGUCGAGAAGGCUAGGGUCCAGGGGGAUGAGCUAAAUGUCCAGGUAGACACCUUUCGAACGAAAACUGAAGAGAAAGGCGUUCCAAUCCGGCCUUCAUCCAAGGUCAAUGGUCGCCUCUCAUUUGCGCCACAGCUUCCAGAUCGGUAUUACGACUAUCAAGGUGCUCUGGGGACCAGUCUCGCUAAAUACCUGACCCCCCUUCCAGACGUGCCUCGCAUCGGCCUUCAUCCACAUUGCUCAUCUGACUCGGUCGCGACAUCCGACUCUGGCGGUAAUUCAAUUUCUUUGCCCCAGCAUGUGGAAACCUUGAUGAGUGCCGAGGAACGAGCAAAACUCUACAUUGGUAGCCAGGCGCAGGAGUCCACCGGACUUCUACACACACAGGAGGCAGACGGUGGAGAGCGUGGCCUGGACGUGCAGUCUAACGAGGACCUGGAAGACAACCGGGCGUAUGAAAUGCAUACUAUUGAGUCAGGGAGCGGAAUUCCGAGCGGAAAAGCCCCGGUACUAUCGUCAAGUGUGCCGCAAUCUGGGAUGCAACAAUCUAGGGCUGUUCCUGGGAAUAUGUCUCAGCCCCAUGAACACUUGCCACAGCCGAAAUAUACAAAGCGUCCUAGCAGGAUUCCGAGGCAGAAGAGGAGAUAUAUGCAACCAGAACAAAUGGUUUGA